CUGGCAACACUACUAUCCCGUCCAUCAAAAUGUUCCUGUGAAAUUUCACGGUAAUGUCACGUUUAUAUUUUGUAAUUUUCCACAUAAAAAGUGUUCGUAUAUAGCUGUAAAUAGUGUCAAGUAAGUUAAUCCACAAGUUCCGGCGUAAAUUUCCACAUAGUCCGGAUCUGAAGUUAGUUCAACAGAGCAGGCCACUGAGUAUUCAAACAUGGGCAAAGAAAGCAAACUCGAUGCCGAGAAGGCUCCAAACGGCUCCAACGUCGACGACGAAACGCGAAAAAAGAAAAAAAACAAAAAGCACAAAAAGCACAAGCGGAGCGAAGAGGACGAAGACAAAGCUUACAAAAAAAAGAAAAAAUCUAAAAAGGAAAAACAUAAAAGCCCCAAACCGGAAAGUGAGACAUCUCUCUCUGAUGUGGAAGAACUUAUAAAGAAGAGCAGAGACCGAAAACCUCCGCCAAAAGAACCUUCAAUAGUUAAAGAGAAGAACGGUGACACUAGAGAAAAAGAUGAAGCGUUAGAAAUCAUAUCGUCAAAUUCGGAAACAGAAAAUUACCAAGAAGACUGCGCCAGCCCUGAACUAAAUGUGAUCGAAGAUGAUCUAAAUCUUGAAGAACUAAUGAAACAAAAGGAACUGCUACAAGCGUUCCUUGUCGCUUACUACUCGGAUAAAAGUGACGAAAGUGAUAGUGAGAAAAAUAAAGAUAUCAUAUGUAUUAACGAUGAUAAAUCACCGGUUGCCAAAAGGUCAAAAACGGAAGAAAAAAGAAAAAAAACAAGCAAGGACAGAUCCGCGGAAAGGGAAAAGGAACGACAUAGAUCAAGAAGGCACGAAGAAGAUUUACGAGAGAUCAUUAAUAGAGAGAAUAGGAAAGAGAUGGAGAAACGAUUAGAAUAUAGGGAAAGGAAAGAGCGCGAACGACGGAAGCUUCACGAAGCUGAGCGGGAGCGGGAGCGGGUGCGCGAGCGCGAGCGGGAGCGGGAACGCGAGAGGGAAAAGAAGAGAGAGCGCGAACGUGAGCGGGAAAGAGACAGGCGUGAUAAAGUGGUAAAGCGGGAUAGAGAGAGUGAAGUCAGGCGUCGAAGGUCCAGAGAGAGGACGCCGCCGAGGCGGUCGAGGCGGCCGUCGGACAGAGAUAGAAGGUCGAGAGAGAGACAUAGAGAUCGGUCGAGGGAUAAGAGAGGAGGAAGCAGGGAUAAACGCAAGAACUCUGGCAGCGAAGUGGCGCACCUGGUGGCCAGUUCAUCCGACGAGCUGGACAUCUCCAUCAACACUGAUGAUGAGGAGGAAACCGAGGAGCAGAUCAUCGAGCGACGCCGCAAGCAGAGAGAGCAGCUGCUCAAGAGGCUAGGCGGCGCCAAAGACGAAAAACAGGAGAAAGAUCCCGAACCCCACACGACGCCACCCGCAAUACCCGACCCCAAACCGGACUCUAAACCCGCCACGCCGGAGCCGAAACCCGAACAGAAAGAGAAGGAAGACAUACCUAAAGAAGAUAAGAAGGAGGAAGACAGAAGUCACAAGGUGGAGAAGAGGACGGGCUCGGAGUGGGACAUGUUCGCGGAUCAGGAUAACUUCGACGUUGAUAGCCCCACAGUUGGCAGACCGCGAGGCAAGAAUACUCUAGAGAAUCCGUCCCUCACAGACAAUUGGGAUGAUGCCGAAGGAUACUACAGAGUCCGCAUCGGCGAAUCGCUGGACAACCGUUACACGGUGUACGGCUACACCGGGCAGGGUGUAUUCAGUAAUGUGAUAAGAGCGCGGGACCAGGCGCGGGGCGGCGCUGACGUCGCCGUCAAGAUCAUACGCAACAACGAGAUCAUGCACAAGACCGGUCUACGCGAGCUGGAGAUCCUGAAGCGACUGAACGACGCGGACGCGGACGACAAGUUCCACUGCCUCCGUCUCUUCCGGCACUUCUUCCACAAGCGCCAUCUGUGCAUGGUCAUGGAACCACUGUCCAUGAACCUGCGCGAGGUGCUAAAAAAGUAUGGCAAAAAUAGCGGAAUCCACAUCAAAGCAGUCAGGAGCUACACUCAGCAGAUACUACUGGCUCUGAAACUACUCAAAAAGACUGGGAUAUUACACGCUGACAUAAAACCCGACAACAUCCUAGUGAACGAAAGCAAGCUCCUCCUGAAACUGUGCGAUUUCGGCUCCGCCGCCAUGGUGACAGAGAACGACUUGACGCCGUACCUCGUGUCCAGGUUCUACCGAGCGCCCGAGAUCGUGCUGGGCGUACCCUACGACCACGGCGUCGACAUGUGGUCCACGGCCUGCACCGUCUACGAACUGUCCACCGGGCGCAUCAUGUUCAGCGGGAAGUCCAAUAAUGAAAUGUUGAAAUACUUUAUGGACUUGAAGGGAAAGAUCCCUAAUAAGAUCAUUAAGAAGGGCAUGUUUAAGGACCAGCAUUUUGAUGCGCAGUGCAAUUUCUUGUAUCACGAGUUGGAUCGGGUUACUGAGAGGGAAAAAGUAGUAGUAAUGACCAGCAUAAAACCGACACGCGACCUCCAAUCAGAGCUCGCGCCCUCCCACCACCGCCUCCCAGCCAACGAAGCGAAGAAGAUCACGCAGCUCAAGGAUCUACUCGAGCGCAUGCUCAUGCUCGACCCGGCCAAGCGCGCGUCCGUCAACCACUGCCUCGCGCACCCCUUCAUACAGGAGAAGAUAUAGCACAUAGCCGCUCAUGUAAUAAUACAUAAUAAAUAAUACUAUGUACUAGGUACAGAAGGUUUACUCUCUAACAAAACGUGACUAUUACGACAGAUAUGACCGCUAGGUGGCGCAAGCACGAGCAGGCGUCCGUUCCGUAGCGGUGCGCGGCAACUGGGCGCAUGUACAGUCGCCAUCAGAUAUAUCGGAGUGGCCAAGGUGCUCACAAAUAUCUGAACACGCCUCUAUUGUCAGGGCGUUAGAGCGCGUGUUCAGAUAUUGUGAACACCUUGGCCGCUGCGAUAUAUCUGAUGGCGACUGUACCCUAGUACCUACUUGUACUAAUGAAAUAGUGAUUUCAAUAUUUAGUUGGAUGGUGAGCGUAUUUUUGUAAAAAAGAAUGAGAUGUAAUAAUGAAAAAAACUAAAUAUGUAUGUCACAUUUUACAAUGAUUAUACUAAAUUGGUGGUAUUAUAAGUGAAAUCAUAUUAAAUUAACUAAAUCAAUCUUAAAUUACUAAAGCUGUUCCAAAAAUCAUAAUUAAACUGACCAGGGCACUACAUAAAUCACACUGGAUUGACCAUAUUUAGUGAAAAUCACACAAAAAUUACUAAAUGAUACAACCAUUCCAAAUCAGUUACCUAAAUCACACCUAAUCAACAAAAAUGGUUAGUUGACUACUCGUUCUAUAAAAUUCCCAUAAAUCUGCGACCAUUGGCUACCAAGGCCUCGCCAGAAGCGAAGAAGAUCACGCAGCUCAUGGAUCUACUGGAGCGCAUGCUCUUGCUCGACCCGGCUAAGCAUAUAUUGAAAUGACAGCUGUCAUCGUACCCAAGCUAUGUGAAAAAUACUAUAAAGUUAGUAUAUAUAAACCUAGGGGCCGAUUUUAUAAAGAUGCCUUUACAUUUUACCGUUGACAUUUGAGAGGUUUUUUGACGACGAUUGUUACUCGUAGCUUUAUAAAAUAAGGUCCUGCAGGCGAUUAUGUAUCACUUUAUCCACGUGAUAACUGCUAAAAUAGCUGUCACUUUUUAACUAUGCGGGAUAGAAAGUGACGGACACCAUUUUAUCAUUAUCACGCUGUCACGCAGACAAGAACGACCAUCACAUCCGUACUGCCGGCCGCCAGCGUAUUAUGGAUAGCUUUAUCCAUCUUUAUCCACGUGAUAAAACAACUGUCACUUUUUAACAGCGUGGGAUAGAAAGUGACGGACACCGUUUUAUCACGCUGUCACGUAGACAAGAACGACCACCAUAUCCGUACUGGUCGGAUAGAAUGUGUGCUUAGUGUAAAUAGCUUAUACAUAUGUGUCGUUAGACUUGAAAUGUAUGUAUCUAAACUUUACUUUGACAACAGACCUUACAUGUACAGUCAUCAGCAAUAGCCGCAAAAAUAUAUGACGCGCUCUUAUUGCGCUCCAAAUAAGAACGUGAUAUUUUUGCGGCCCUAGUUGUGUAAGAUACUUUUGCUGAUGACCGUACAACUUUACUUUUAGGUACUUUAACUUAAAAUUUAUAAACGUUCUUGGCGUUAUUGUGCGCGUUGGAGAGUCUGUCACCUAUAGUAUUAUUCAAACUCGAAGGGUAGGAUGACAGGUGUCAUCUCCAUAUGAGUCGCUUAACUUCAAACACGGGUAAAUCGCAUAAUCUGACAGAUGGAUUUACUAAAUCAAUCAAUAAUGCGAUUUUGGUAUUAAGAUAAGGUAAUAGGGUAGAUAUUUGUUGAGAGGGUCGAAUGGAUUUACCCGGGUUUGAAGUUAAGCGACACAUAUCAUUUAUAACGUAAAAACGACAAAUAUCGAAAAUGUUAUCCCACCCAUCGAGUUUGAAAAAUACUAUCUAAUCUCAAAAACGGCUGUAACGAUUUCGAUGAAAUUUGGUAUAUGGGGGUUUUCGGGGUCGAAAAAUCGAUAUAUCUCAGGGAAAAAGCACAUUUUUGAGUUUUUUGAGUGAGUGACACCGCUGAACUAGUACCAUUUUUAGUGCCCGUAAGGCCCGUCCUGAGAUAUACGUCUAUGAGCUUGGCACUGAAAGUGUUACAUGAUUAACCCUAGUAGUUACGGAAUUAAAAUGUAUAUUUUAUAAGCUGAUAUAGAAUCUUUGGAGUACAUUGCCCUAUGUGUUUAACAUCAAGGUUGUGUUAAUAUGAACCAACCUCAAAAUCACGAAAUAAAAUGUAACAACUUUUGUUCGCCUAUGCCUAUUUUGGCGUUAGUCUUUCAGUAUGGUCUACAUAUUCACCUGGCGGCGUGGAAAACCGUUUAGUGCGGUCAAGGAGUUUAAUUUGAGCAUCAUUUUGUAACUUGUCACAGUGGCAAUAGGGCAAAGAAGUGAGAUCCCUAGGGACUUUCAUAAAUCAAUAUGAAAAUGAGUCAGUGCGACAAGGUAUGAAAUGGUACGAAAAUUAAAUUCUUUGACUGUACAUUUAACUUAUUCAACUUAACUCAGACUCGCUCGGCAUGGUAGGUGUGCAUUGAUUAUCUUUAGGAUCUUAUUUUUUACUGGAAAUUCGAAUCAAUUCCAUGUUAUCAAACAGUAGUUAACCUAUAAAAGAUCAGACUUCUCACCGAACCGUCUCAGUUAAGCAUCAGAGGAUGUAAAGUUAAGUUUAAUUAUAGUUAGGCGUUAAUUUCAGAAGAUGUAAUGACGUGUCAAUGAAGUUACUUAAGUUGGGAUGUGUUAGUUGGAAAUAAUUAAAUUAUUAAGACAUUUA